GCUCAUUUUCAGGCUGCAGUUCUUCACUUCAUUGAAAUCCAGUUAUUUUAGGGUCGAGGAUGUCACCCUCUAGUAUUUUCUUCCUCCUGAUUUUAGGUUCCAUGGUGGACACCAAAACCUCAUCUGAAAAAGGAUCCCUGCUCUAUCCCUAUGGACCAGACCAGGGGGAUAAAACCAACCCCAAACUCGAUGAUGGGACAUCUGAGGCAAUCACUCUCUCCAUUCCCUUCACCUUCUAUGGCAAAACCCACCAAACUGCGUUUGUGAACAACAAUGGGGUGAUCUCCUUUGACGAGCCCGUCAGACAAUACACCCCCGACCCCUUCCCUCUGGCGGAUGGGCGCCCUUUCGUGACUCCCUACUGGGCAGAUGUGGACAAUGUGGAGGGUGGAGACAUCUUCUACCGCCAGAGCACUGACCCAGCGCUGCUGGGGGACAUCAGCCAGCACAUCACCCAGUACUUCCCCGAAAGCCCCUUCACUGCCACCUGGGCCUUUGUGGCCACCUGGGACCAUGUGGCCUACUGGGGCUCCAAAUCUGACAAGGGCAACACCUUCCAGGCUGUGCUGACUACUGACUCCAAGAUGUUCUACAUCAUCCUCAACUACUGGGACAUCCAGUGGACCACGGGGGCAGCGAGUGAUGGAGACGCUGAAACAGGACUUGGAGGGAUCCCAGCACAUGCGGGAUUCAAUAGUGGUGAUGACACCAACUUCUACAACAUCCCUGGAUCCCAAACUGAUGCCAUCAUCAACAUCACCACCACCUCCAACGUCAAGGUCCCAGGACGCUGGGUCUUUAGGGUGGAUGACUUCCACGCCCCAGAUGUGGAUCCUCCCCAGAUGGACAACUGCUGGUUGUAA